UCUAUAAUAAUAUAAUAUUAUAAAAUUGAAAGAAGCAAAUUUGCCUGCUGUAAGGUGUUGGUAUUUCGGUGCUUUGAUUGUUGUUUAUCUCUAAAAACACAUUUCGACGUGGAAGCAUAAAUAUAGUGACUAAAAAUAGAAAAAAAAAUUAAUAAAUAAACGUCAUAGAAAAUUCGUACACUUUGUUACGCAAUCAGGAUGCUGCUGAAGAAUGAUGAGACUUCCGACACAGAGGGUGCCGGGUAUCUUAAACGGGCUAACACUGAGCGGCUACAUGAAAUUUUCGAUCAGUAUGCGACGCAGGAAAAAAAUGGAGAGAGAUUUAUGACCCCAACAGAUUUCGUACGGAGUUAUCUUGGCUUUUAUACGGAUGCAGAGUUUAAUCCAGAGUCCGUUAGGCUGCUUGCCGGCAUCGUUGAUACCAGCAAAGAUGGGCUCAUCUCAUUCGCCGAGUUCCAGGCAUUUGAGGGGCUACUUUGCGUCCCCGAUGCUCUCUAUAGAACAGCUUUUCAAUUGUUUGAUACUAAUGGAAACGGAAUGGUUGCGUUUGACGAGUUCGCUGAGGUGAUGAAAAAAACGGUUCUUCAUCAGAAGAUGCCGUUUAACAUGGACAGUGGAUUCAUAAAGCUCUAUUUUGGCAAUGAUAAAAAACGACUAAUUAAUUAUGCCGAAUUUAGCCAAUUUCUUCACGAUUUUCACGAGGAAUAUGCGAUGGAAGCUUUCAGAAAGUUUGAUACAGAAGGUGCCGGAUUUAUCACUGCCUUAGACUUUCAAGACAUUAUGAUUAGCAUAAAGAGUCACUUACUGACUAACAAAAUCAAAGAUAAUCUUGUUGCGGCUGCUGGGGCUGGACAGGGGGGCAGAAAAGUCAGUUUUCCCUACUUCAUGGCGUUUAAUUCGUUGCUGAAUAAUAUGGAGCUCAUAAAACGCAUAUACUUGAAUGCCACGAACGGUCACAGAAACCAGGAAGUUACUAAAGAGGAGUUCCUUCACUCUGCUCAAAUGAUGUCACAAAUCACGCCCCUGGAGGUAGACAUUCUCUUCCAACUGUGUGAUCUUCUUCAUCAAACUGGUUCUACGACUGAAGAUUCAGAGGCAAGGCCGUGGUUUGGGAGGAUAGUCUACAACGAUCUUAUUGAUAUCACGCCGGAACAGUAUUUCAAGCAAAUUUCAAAACGUCUUGCGGAAAUCAAAGCAGUUUCGAGCCCUGAUGAGCGAGGUGUUGUCACCCAAAUUCUGGAGAGUGGAUACAGAUUUAUACUCGGUUCAAUUGGUGGAGCCGUUGGUGCGACGGCAGUUUAUCCAGUUGACUUGGUAAAAACGCGUAUGCAGAAUCAAAGAACAGGCUCAUUCAUCGGUGAAUUAAUGUAUCGAAACAGUAUGGACUGCUUUAAAAAGGUAAUUCGUCACGAAGGUGUUUUUGGUCUGUAUCGUGGCUUGGCUCCACAACUAAUGGGCGUAGCCCCAGAAAAAGCUAUAAAACUGACGGUGAACGACUUCAUGAGAGACAAGUGCAUGGACAAGAAUGGAAACAUUCCGCUAUUGGGAGAAAUUAUGUCCGGAGCAUGUGCUGGAGGAUCUCAAGUUAUAUUUACAAAUCCGUUGGAGAUCGUUAAGAUCCGACUUCAAGUUGCCGGUGAAAUAGCUGGAGGAUCAAAAGUUAGUGCGCUUUCGGUCGUAAGGGAAUUAGGGCUGUUUGGUCUGUACAAGGGUGCUCGGGCUUGUCUCUUGCGUGAUGUGCCAUUCAGUGCCAUUUACUUUCCCACUUAUGCUCAUCUCAAAACGAAAAUGGCCGAUGAGGGAGGGUACAACACACCGGUAUCUCUUCUAGUUUCAGGAGCUAUCGCCGGUAUCCCAGCUGCUGCAUUAGUCACACCAGCGGAUGUCAUCAAGACAAGAUUACAGGUCGUAGCAAGGCAAGGCCAAACAACUUACACUGGUGUAAUGGAUUGUGCUCGUAAAAUAUAUCACGAAGAAGGUGCAAGAGCUUUCUGGAAAGGUGCCACAGCUCGAGUACUAAGGUCAUCACCACAAUUUGGUGUCACUCUCUUCACCUAUGAGUUACUCCAGAGGCUGUUCGUCGUUGACUUUGGAGGAUCACGGCCGACUGGCUCGGAGCAGAAGGUUCCUACGACAGGGGUCGCGAAUGAAAUACGAUCAACAAACCCAGACCAUAUUGGAGGGUACCAAGUCGCCCUACCCAUCUUUACUGGUAUUGAAACGAAAUUUGGCCUUUGCUUACCCAGGUAUCAAGCGGUUGCAGCGAAAACGGCGAGACCUGCACAGUAAUACUAGUGCUCCAUGGCUUAUAGAAGCUAGGUAGUUUUACAAAAGAUUGUUAAUACGUUUCUAUUCAUGUAUAUAUACGAAUGUAUGCAGAUAUUUAUACAUAUGUGUGCAUGUAUAAAAAUGUCGAUCGCAGAUAUAGAUGAAUCAUAAUAAUAUUGAAUUGAAAAUUUCUAUUUAACAUCACUUUUAAAUGAAAGAAAAAUAAAGCACCAAAUGUUCGGUUUCCAUAAUAUCAAGCUACUUGCAUAUUAGGGAGAGUGAGACAUCUACUUGAUCUUUCAAGGCCUUUUAAAUAAAUAUUUCUGAUACAUGUUGCACUGUAUACGUAAUAUUUUAUAAAUGGUUAUUCGACUGGUAUAAAUAUCAAUCUCACUACAAGUCUAGCAGACAGCUGGGACAUUUGUUUUCAAGCCGAAUAAAAAUUAUGAGAUAUCUGUCUACUCCUAAACCUUGUUACACGUUGCAAUGAUUGCACCUGUUAUCAUAGGAAAGCUCAGGAAUAUAAUGAUAGGAUUAUUAGAAA